GCUUUCUUAUCAAUAUGUCUGAGCCUGUGCGCAAAAAAGCAAAGAAAGACCAAGCCACAACCUGGACCACGGUACCGAACAGCACUCCCCACACUAUCAAGUACCACGCUAGCGGCAACGGCUUGAAAACAUCCGUAGAAUUUGAGCUGCACACUGACACGGUCGUCUUGAAGCGCCUCGAGUUCACUCAUUUAAACAAGGCUGACAUUCUCUAUAGGAUCGCGCUUGCUAUCAAGGAUUACUGCGACGACAAGAACGUAAACCUCCCACUACCAUACGAAAUCCGCUUUGCCAGCCCUUCGGACCCGCGCUUCCAGGGCAGCGAGUGCGAGCGGCUUGUCCAGACUGUGUGCUCGCGCACGCAGCUCAUCCUCUGGGACCCUAAGCGCCUUUGCAACUCAACAUGGCGGCCAAAGUGCCCAACGUGCACGAAGGCCAACUGCGUGUACUGGGGCUGGGCGAUGGACGUCAAGAAGCUCAUCGGCGACGGGGAGGAGGACGUGUGGUUUUUUUGCAGUCAAGCAAAAUGCAAGAUCUGCACUGACGCCAAACACUUCCAAAUGUGCGACCCGGAGAUCGUCUCGCAGCUGCCGGGGUACGUGCAGCUGAAACUCCCCGGCGUGCUAACUCGGCAGAGUGGGCUCACGUGGCGGGUCAUGCGCACGCUGUCGGUCAUGCCGCCCCAGGGCACCAGCUUCAGCAGCAUCUGCGACAUGGUCAACGAGAAGGCGCAUAUGGUGCAUAAGAUGACGGAGCUGGAGUACUUGAUGCUGAAGAGGGGGCGCACCAUACGCGACUUUUUUCAGCCUGCGGGCGGCAGCACAGCAGGCGACGUCGUGGGUGGCAGCACAGGCGGCAGCGCAGGCAGCAGCGCAGGCGGCAGCGCAGGCGGCAGCGCAGGCGGCAGCGCAGGUGGCAGCGCAGGUGGCAGCGCAGGCGGCAGAGCAGGCGCCAGCGCAGGCGGCAGAGCAGGCGGCAGAGCAGGCGCCAGCGCAGGCGGCAGAGCAGGCCUGGACCCGGAUGAGGAUGGGGACAGAACCGACGUUGAGGAGGACGCAGAGGCGGCUGCCCCGGGUUCUGGAAGCAAGGUGCUGCCUUUCCCCCGCUUUGAAGACGGCCUGUACGGUGGCGCGCUGCUGAGCGUGCAGUACGCAAUCAAGUGCUUCCUUGUCGCUGUGCGGGGUGAAGUGGCGGCAGCAGAACAGCACAUGCAGUCGGUGGCUCAGUACGAGCGUCAAAUCGACAUGAACACAGGCGCGCGGCUGCUGAACACGGACACCCUGGACGCGAUUGAGCGUGUCCGCCUGCACAUCAAGGAGGGCCGCCUCAGCGACCCUGUCGGCGUGGAGAUGUACAUCAACGUGGAGCCGGACCCUGAGAAGCCCCCCAAGUGGCGCUCGAAGCGGGGCACCAGCGCGCUUGAGGGCUUUCACCGGCAUUGGCACACGCUGCUGCCGGGCUUCAACACAUCGGUGGAGCUGGCGGAUACGCUGAUGAUGCUGUUCCUGGGCCGGUGGAAUCGCAAGAAGUCCUUUCAGUACGGCGCGGCCUUCUACGGCACCUUCAACUACCAGGCGCGCUGGAGGCGCUGGCGGCCAGUGUGGGCGAGGGCCAGCGCUUCUUCCUGGACUGUCUGACGGAGGCGGCGGAGGUGGCGGGCCUGACGCUGGCUGACGUGGCGGCGGGCGUGGCGCUGAGCGGCCUGGUGGGCUCCGGCCUCGGGUUGGGGCCUGGGCCGGGUGGCAGCGGCGGCGGGGGCAGGUGCGGUUAGCCGGCCGGGGACCAGCGCCAGUGCUGUGAGUGGCGGCGGCGGCGGGGGCAGGGGCGGCUCCUCGCCUGGGAGGCGGGUGCCGGCGGCUGGGUGGGACGGCUGCUGCGGCUGGGG